AUGUCCGAAGGACAAAUUCCGGUUGGACGCACAGUAUGUGGCCCAGCGGCGGUCAUCGAGGACGACACAGAAGCUCUGCCUUUCCCAAUCCUGGCCUCUGAUCACAAAUGGCGCAACAUAUCUUCUUUCGGGACAGACCAAACCUGGGGGCCACUUAAGGAACUCAAGAUUGGGGGGUUACAGCGCAUAGAAAUCACGACUAAACUCACACAAGCUCGCGCCAAAUGGGUUGCUUUGGGCUCAGAGUUUGGAGCAGCAACUGCUGGAAUGGCGGUUGUCAGUCAAAAUCGAACGACUGCAAUCGGUCGCGCUUGUACGUUGGAUUUUAGAUGGGCGCUCGGUCAAACAUUCCGGAAGGGGGACAUCGUUUUAAAUGCCUUUGAAACCUUAAUUGGGAAGCCACCCCAGACAUCAGGAUCCACGUUUUGGGACUUCGGCCGUGCAAGCUUCUUUCAUGAAGGCCUCGUACCCUGGUACGGUGACACAAUAAAGGUCGACCAGGAGUGGCUUGACACGAUGUCUACUUGGUCCGUUCUGAGCAAUGAUGCUGGAGGCUACAAUAUGAGUGGGUUUGAAGCUCUGCUCGAUGCGACGGUGGUAGCGAGUCCUGACCAUACCAUGUUUCUGGGACCUGAGAGCACAUAUGACUCACUGGUGACGCUCGAGUACAUAACAUCGGUCUAUUUUGUCGAUGCCAUUUCCCGAACAGGCUGGGACCUGUCACUCCUGUACGCCAACAAUACGAUAAUCAACCCCAUCCUUCAGCAAGGGUCAACAGAGAAUCAAAAGAUCCUCAACGGCGGCCCUGUGUUUUCACGCCCCACCAAUAUUCCUUACAGCGUCGUUAAUGCAAACUGGCACACCUAUGGCGCUGCAUGGACACUGCAAGACUCUGGUCAAUGGAUAUCGGUUGCGAUUCUCAGUGUGCAUAUGGUCAUUGCCAUCGUUCACAGUCUAAUCCUUGUAGUGAGACGUCGAUCUGUGGAAACAUGGGACUCGAUAGAAGAGCUGAUAGUACUUGCUUGGAACUCGAUGCCAACAAGGCGGAAUGAUGAAUUGAGGAAUUGUGCAAGCGGCAUUCUCAGGACUAAGACCCUAGAAAGUAAGGUCCGAGUCGUAGCCAUCGAGGAGCAAGGGUUGGGAAGUCGUGUUGAACUGGUUGUGGUCGACGAGAUGGCAAGGAACAAAGACGGAAGAUCGGUAGACACGAUUAAGCCUGGUGAGGCGUACAUUUGA